AUGAAGAAGAUAUAUUUGUUUUUUUUGAUUUUAUUAAUAAAUAUAAACAUAAAUAUAAAUUAUUGUUUAUCGAAAAAAAAUAUAAAAAGAAAAACACAAUUAAGAAAUAAUUUAGGAAACAAAAAUAUAAUUGAUAUAAAAGAUAAAUAUUAUAAUGAUAAUAAUAAUAGAGAAUAUGUACAAGAUCUUUUAAAAAAAGAAGAAAAUAAAAUAAAUGGAUAUAAUAAUCAUAUAAAAUUUAUUGAUCAUAAUAUUGAAAAUGAAAAAAAAAAAAAUAAAAAAAAUAAAAGUACAUACUCUUUUAUGUCUUUAAAUUUGCUUCCAUUUAUUGCACACACAUCAGGAUAUCCCAAUGGAAAUUCAAUUCCCCCAAAUGAAACGGGUGUUCAUUUUUAUAAUUUUGAAAAAAGCCCAACAAUACAAUAUAUGUUAAUUGAUGAAGAGAGAAAAAAUUCUUUUCUGUACAUAAUUUUUCUCGUUGCAUCAUUUACUGUAGUUGUGCUUAUAGCUUUUUUUAUAUUUAAAUUUUUUUUUAAAUUAUAA